CCCCCCGCCAUGAAGCACUGCUUCUACAACGAGACCGUCGGCUUCUUCUACAACAACAGCCGCAAGGAGCUGAGCGCGACAUGGCGGCCCAAGGACGUGCUGGUGGUGGCCCUGGGGCUGGCGGUCAGCGCCGUGGUGCUGCUGACCAACCUGCUGGUCAUCGCCGCCGUGGCCACCAACCGCCGCUUCCACUACCCCAUCUACUACCUGCUGGCCAACCUGGCGGCCGCCGACCUCUUCGCCGGCGUGGCCUACAUGUUCUUGAUGUUCCACACCGGGCCUAGGACCGCCCAGUUGUCGCUCAAGACUUGGUUCAUCCGUCAGAGCUUGCUGGACACCAGCUUGACCGCUUCGGUGGUCAACCUGUUGGCCAUCGCGGUGGAGCGGCACCGGACGGUGCUGACCAUGCAGCUGCACAGCGAGAUGUCCGCCCAGCGCGUGGUGGGCUUGAUCUUCUCCAUCUGGGCGGCGGCGUUGCUCCUGGGCUUGAUCCCGUCCUACGGCUGGCACUGCCUGUGCUCCUUGGAGAGCUGCUCCAGGAUGGCGCCGCUCUACAGCCGCAGCUACCUGACCUUCUGGGCCGUCUCCAACCUGGUGGUCUUCCUGGUCAUGGUGGUGGUCUACGGGCACAUCUUCGUCUACGUCAGGAGGAGGAUGGCGCGCAUGGCGCGGCACACCGGCGCGCACCCGCGGCACCGCGACACCGUGCUGGCGCUGGUCAAGACCGUCACCAUCAUCCUGGGUGCCUUCGUGGUGUGCUGGACUCCCGGCCAGGUGGUCCUGCUGCUGGACGGGCUGGGCUGCCAGAGCUGCGACGUGCUGGCCGUGGAGAAGUACGUCCUGCUGCUGGCCGAAAUUAACUCCCUCAUUAACGCCAUCGUUUACUCGUGGCGCGAUAACGAGAUGCGGAGCACCUUCCGACGGAUCCUGUGCUUCCCGUGCCUCCGCCAUUCCAAAUACGCCGCCCCGGAGCGGGGGCUGCACUCCCACAACGGCCACUUCACCGUCGAUUCUUCCAUUUAGGGGUUUGGUUUUUUUUGGGGGGAUUUUGGGGUUUUUUGGGAAUUUUUUUGGGUGCGACCCGAAAGGCUCGGAGGUGGGAAUUUUCCUUGGAAAAGUCGUGGUGGAGAAGGGGUUGUGGGGUUGAGAAGGAUUCUGGAUUCCCUGGGGGGUUCCGGCGUGGAAGUUUUUCUGAAAAAAAUGUGGUGGAUCAAGGUUUAAGUGAUUUUUUUUUUUUUAAAUUUGGGAGCAUCUUGGAGGCUUGGAGUGCUCCAACAUCCAAAUUUCCCUGGAAACCUCAAGAAUGAGGUGGUUUUGUGGGAUUUGGGAGAACCUUGGAUUCCUGGUGGGCUCCAACAUCCAAAUUUCCCUGGAAAACUCAAGAACGAGGUGGUUUUGUGGGAUUUGGGAGAACCUUGGAUUCCUGGUGGGCUCCAACAUCCAAGUUUCCUUGGAAAACUCCUGGUGGGAUCAAGGAUGAAGUGAUUUCUUUGGGAUUUGGGAGAGUCCUGGACUCUUGGUGGGCUCCAGGAUCGAAAUUUUCCUGGAAAACUCAAGAACGAGGUGGUUUUGUGGGAUUUUGGAGAACCUUGGAUUCCUGGUUUGCUCCAACAUCCAAAUUUCCUUGGAAAACUCCUGGUGGGAUCAAGGAUUGAGAAGAACCUUAGAUUCCUGGUGGGCUCCAACAUCCAAAUUUCCUUGGAAAACUCCUGGUUGGAUCAAGGAUUGAGAAGAACCUUAGAUUC